AAAAGCUUCUUUUCUUGAUUGGACUCCAACCCAUUACUUUUUCACACACACACAAAAAUACAAUUACCUUCUAAUUCUCAUUCCUUGGUUUUUUGAGAGGAACAAAAAUAUAAAGGAUUUCAUCAUUUCAUUCUUAUCCCUUUUAAUUAAUAUCGAGAAAUGCGCGAGAAACAAACCCACCUCCCCCUUGCACCCCAUUUUUGUCACCCACCACACUAAUAUCCACUCGCCGACUUCCGAUCUGUUUUCAGAAUGAUGGGGAAGCUGUAUGUCAAAAUGGAUCCCCCCGCGGAUCUAAACCGCAACACCGAGUGGUUCACCUAUCCCGGGGUUUGGACUACCUAUAUUUUGAUUCUCUUCUUCUCCUGGCUCAUCGUUCUCUCUCUCACCAAUUGCACCCCCGGCAUGGCCUGGACCAUCCUCAAUCUCUCCCAUUUCGCGGUAACGUACCACUUCUUCCAUUGGAAAAAAGGGACCCCUUUUGGUGAUGAUCAGGGAAUCUAUAAUGGGCUGACAUGGUGGGAGCAGAUUGACAAUGGAAAGCAGCUUACUCGCAAUAGAAAGUUCCUCACAGUUGUUCCUGUGGUUCUGUACUUGAUAGCUUCACAUACAACUGACUACCAACAUCCAAUGUUGUUUUUCAACACACUUGCAGUGCUUGUGCUGGUUAUUGCAAAGUUCCCUAAUAUGCACAAGGUCCGGAUCUUUGGAAUUAAUGGGGAUCAGUGAAGGAGCUUCUUUGUGAAUCUGUUGGUUUUAACUUAAGUACGAACACUUGAUCCUUACAAUAUGUGUAAAGACGGUUCAUGCCAUGUAUAGAAAAGCUGGAAGUAAUGAGUAUAUUUUGGCCACACAAUAUAUCAUGCUCAAUUAGCUGUUUUUACGAGCCUACUCCAAAUCGAAGCAAUAAAUGUAGUGUCUUGUAUCUGUACAGUUGAAUACAGUUGAAAUUUAUGUACUUUGAAGAAUUUCUCUUGCCUUCAUAUCUUAAUCAAAGUAAUUUUUCCAGCA